AUGGCGAAUAUACUCGUAGUCAUAUUUGCCAUUGAGGUCCUGGCCCAGCUCAUCAACGCCCUUGGUGCGGCACAGAUCAACGACCUGAUCUGGACGAUACUCAACCAUCUCCCAAUCGCCACGUCCAAGGCUGACGCCGAGCAACGCCAGCUACAGGCCGAGUACGUCAAGGUCCGCCAGGAAAUGAACGCAACCAGCAGCCAGGACGAGUUUGCGAAAUGGGCCAAGCUUCGCCGCCGGCACGACAAGCUUCAUAGUAAGCUGGAGGCCACAAAAAGAGAACUGGAGGCUUCCAGGUCCCAGUUCGACAACUACCUCACGGCGAUGCGGAUGCUGGCGAUUAAGGUGCCGCAAUACGUCAUUCCCUACUGGUAUGGAAAGGAGCCCAUGUUCUGGCUACCGUACGGAUGGUUCCCGUACUACGCCGAGUGGAUCAUCUCGUUCCCUCGCGCACCGCUGGGCAGCGUGAGCGCGCCGUCUUGGCAGUUGGCCUGCUCGGGCGUCAUCGCGCUCGUCAUCGAGAUUGCCGUUCUCGUUGCAAAGCGAAUCCUUGCCCCGUCCGGGACGAAGCUGGCUGUGCCUGCCGCGAGACCUGCCAAACAACAACAACAGCAGCAGACUGCUGCCUUGUCAGACAUGCCCCAGGCGAAGAAGGAGCUGUAG